CAAAACCAGGCGAGGAGGAGGCAGCUACGGCGACGAGAGAGAUGAGGACUUGGACACAGAAUUCUCUCAAACUGCAGGCCCCUGCGCCUUGGAGAUCAUGCUGGUAAUGGGGCAGGUUCUAGCCAUUGAACGCCGAUUUUGGGCCCAGGAAACAAGCACAGACUGGUGGGACUGCAUAGUGUUGCAGGUGUGGGACGAUUCCUAGUGGCUGCGAAACCUUCACAUGCAUAAGGGCACUUUCAUGGAACUUUGUGACUUGCUUUCCCCUGCCCUGAAACGCCAGAAUACCAAGAUGAGAGCAGCCCUCACAGUUGAGAAGCGAGUGGCGAUAGCCCUCUGGAAGCUUGCAACGCCAGACAGCUACCGGUCAGUCAGGAAUCAAUUUGGAGUGGGAAAAUCUACUGUGGGGGCUGCUGUGAUGCAAGUAGCCAAAGCAAUCAUUAAGCUGCUGCUACGAAAGGUUGUGACUCUGGGAAACGUGCAGGUCAUACUGGAUAGCUUUGCUGCAAUGGGAUUCCCUAACUGUGGGGGAGCGAUAGAUGGAACCCAUAUCCCUAUCUUGGCACCGGAGCACCAGGGCACCCAGUACAUAAACCACAAGGGGUACUUUUCAAUGGUGCUGCAAGCACUGGUGGAUCACAAGGGACGUUUCACCAACAUCCACGUGGAAUGGCCAGGAAGGGUUCAUGACGCUCACGUCUUCAGAAGCACUGCUCUGUUUAAACUGCUGCAGCAAGGGAAUUACUUCCCAGACCAGAGAACAACAGUUGGGGAUGUUGAAAUGCCUAUAGUUAUCCUGGGGGACCCAGCCUACCCUUUGAUGCCAUGGCUUAUGAAGCCAUACACAGGCAGCCUGGACAGUGGUCAGGAGCUGUUCAACUACAGGCUGAGCAAGUGCAGGAUGGUGGUAGAAUGUGCAUUUGGCUGUUUAAAGGCACGCUGGCGCACAUUACUGACUUGCUCAAACCUCAGCCAAACCAAUGUCCCCUUUGUUAUUGCUGCUUGCUCCACAAUCUCUGUGAGAGUAAGGGGAAGACUUCUAUGGUGGGGUAGGAGGCUGAGGCAAAUCACCUGGCCGCUGAUUAUGCGCAGCCAGACACCAGGGCGAUUAGAAGAGCACACCAGGAAGCGGUGCGCAUCAGAGAAGCUUUGAAAACGAGUUUCAUCACAGGCCAGGGUACGGUGUGACUGCUGUGUUUGUUUCCCCUUCAUGAACCCCACUCCUUUAUUGACUCCUUCCCUGUAAGCAACCCACCCUCCCCCUUCGAUUACAGCUUGCUUAAGGAAAUAAAGUCUCUAUCGUUUAAAAAUCAUGU